ACAUUCUGUUCCUCUCUGAGGAGUCUGUACACUAGACUAGUAGUAAGAGCAGGCAGUAUGAGGAGAAACACUAGGCUAGGAGUAAAGUUUGGAAGUCUACAUCAGUGUUUCUCAACCUUUUUUCAGUCAAGGCACCCUUUAAUAUUAUGGACAGUCCCGAGGCACCCUUUAAAAUUAUGGACAGUCCCGAGGCACCCUUUAAAAUUAUGGACAGUCCCGAGGCACCCUUUAAAAUUAUGGACAGUCCUGAGGCACCCUUUAAUAUUAUGGACAGUCCCGAGGCACCCUUUAAAAUUAUGGACAGUCCCGAGGCACCCUUUAAAAUUAUGGACAGUCCUGAGGCACCCUUUAAUAUUAUGGACAGUCCCGAGGCACCCUUUAAAAUUAUGGACAGUCCCGAGGCACCCUUUAAAAUUAUGGACAGUCUUGAGGCACCCCAUUCUAAAAUUGGACGGUCCCGAGGCACCUUACAAAUUAUGGACAUCCCGAGGCACCCUUUAAAAUUAUGGACAGUCCCGAGGCACCCUUUAAAAUUAUGGACAGUCCCGAUGUACCCUUUAAAAUUAUGGACAGUCCCGAGGUACCCUUUAAAAUUAUGGACAGUCCCGAGGCACCCUUUAAAAUUAUGGACGGUCCCGAGGCACCCUUUAAAAUUAUGGACGGUCCCGAGGCACCCCAUUCUAAAAUGUGAAAAACUAUUCUAGUUUUAUAUAAUGCAGCAACAUCCACACAUGUAGGACACCC